AUGCAGGAAGAUGCAAUGGAAGUAGUGAGAGGGGAUGAUGAGGGUGACAAAACACAGAAAAUUACUUAUGGUGCGCAGCAACAUCUAGCUUCUCUGCCUAAAUCACCAGACCCAAAUGAGGAUAUAAUGGAACUGAGGAGUACACAAGAUGAAGAGAUGCCAUCGGCGGAGCUGCCUAACGAAAAUGAAACUGUGGAUUCAGGGAAUGCAGCUAAGCCAUGCUUAGCAAGAACCCUCAAAAUUUUUGUAAAUAAGUAUAGAAUCAAAAUGGUUGGUUUGUUGGAAACGAGAACCCCAAGCACUCGUGCUCAUAAGUUGGCUAAAAGGAUUGGAUUUGAUAGACAUAUAUUCCAGGAAGUCGAGGGUUUUUCAGGUGGUAUAUGGUUACUAUGGGAAUCUCAAUCUUUACAGGUUAGGCUGCUAAAGAAAGACAACCAGUAUGUCCAUAUUGAGGUGUUAGAUUUGGGAGGGGAGGGUCCCUUCUUCACGUGGCAAGGACAAAAAUGGGCACACCUAGAUCGAGUUUACAAACGAUUAGACCGUGCGUGUGCUAACCAUAUAUGGAGGGAAACUUUUGAUGAUGUUCAUGUUCACAUUCUUCCCCGUAUUAAGUCUGAUCAUAAUCCUUUGUUGGUAUCAGUGGAUAGGUUGCAAGUAAUGAGAGGUCCAAAACCAUUCAGAUUUAUGGUGUCAUGGCAAGAACAUCCAGAUUUUUGUAGAUUUUUGAAAGAUAAUUGGGACCAAAAUCGGCAGCUUGAAGUCAUGCUCCAUGAUAUAAUUCCACCAUUACAGGAUUGGAAUAGAAAUAUUUUUGGUCAUAUAGGCAAAAGGAAAGAGGGAUUGAUGGCUAGAAUAAAGAGAAUUCAGCAACAACGGGAAACACAUGACUCUAUAUGGCUACAAAGUCAAGAGGAAUGUGUGCAGCAACAGCUUACUAUCACCAUGGAGCAAGAAGAAAUGCUUUGGUUUCAGAAAUCAAGACAAAAUUGGAUUGUGGAUGGUGAUAGAAACAUAAGGUUUUAUCAUCUGAAAGCAGUCAUAAGAAGAAGCCAAAACAAGAUCUUGAGACUCAAAAGUGAGAGUAAUCAGUGGAUCACGAAUGAGCAUCAACUGCAAGAAAUGGGAAUCCAAUUUUAUACUAAGCUUUUCACUAAUGAUAGUAAGGAGCGCAAAUGGUUUGAUUCCAAAAGGCUUUGGCCGAAUUGA